CAAACAACAAAGCCUCUUCAGCAUUUGUGUCCAAGUCCAUGUUGAUAGUCAAGAUAAACCGGAAGGAGGUUAAACCGCUCAGGAGAUGUGUGGCGGCACAGCGAAGACCACAAACCGGCCAGUGGGCCAGCAGGAUUCAGCCAGUUAUGUGAGUGGUGCUGUUUCUGGUGCUGGGAGGACUUACAAGACACUUUUCUGCACAAAGAUUCGAAAACGCGCCAGGGUAGGAAGGGGCACUGAUCACACGGAACUCGACAACAGCUGGUCAUGUUCGGAGUUUGACCUGAACGAGAUUCGCCUGAUAGUUUACCAGGACUGUGAAAGGCGAGGCAGACAAGUCUUGUUUGAUUCUAAAGCUGUUCACAAGAUUGAAGAGGAGGUGGCAACUCAGAAAACAGAGGAUGUCCCUCUCAAAGUGUCAGCCAAGUGCUGUCAGGGAAGCAGCAGCAGCAGCAGCAGCAGCAUCUCCUCCCACAGCUCGUCCGGGGGAUCCUCGCAACACGCAAAGGAGCAGCUUCCCAAGUACCAGUACACAAGACCAGCAUCAGAUGUCAACAUGCUAGGGGAAAUGAUGUUUGGCUCCGUUGCAAUGAGUUACAAGGGCUCCACUUUGAAGAUACACUAUAUACGCUCUCCUCCACAGCUGAUGAUUAGUAAAGUGUUCUCUGCUAGAAUGGGCAGCUUCUGCGGAAGUACAAAUAACUUGCAAGACAGCUUUGAAUACAUCAACCAAGACCCCAAUUUGGGAAAGCUGAACACAAAUCAGAAUAAUUUUGGUCCUUGUCGUGCUGGAAGUAACUUAGGUCUGCUGCAGGCAUGCAGCAGCAAGCUGCUGCAGGGGGUGGCAGAAGGAGGACCUCUCCGGCUUACCCGCAGUGCUUCUUUCUUUGCAGCACACAGCACUCCUGUUGAUAUGCCAAGCAGAGGACAGAAUGAAGACAGGGACAGUGGCAUUGCUCGAUCAGCCUCCCUAAGCAGCCUUUUGAUUACACCUUUUCCAUCUCCAAGUUCCUCUACGUCCUCAUCCAGCAGUUACCAGCGCCGCUGGCUUCGAAGUCAGACAACAAGUUUGGAAAACGGCAUCAUUCCAAGGAGGUCAACUGACGAGACAUUCAGCUUGGCUGAAGAAACCUGUAGUUCUAAUCCAGCCAUUGUUAGGAGGAAGAAAAUUGCCAUAAGCAUCAUCUUUUCCCUGUGUGAGAAAGAAGAAGCCCAGAGGGACUUCCAGGACUUCUUUUUUUCCCAUUUCCCCCUGUUUGAGUCUCACAUGAACAGGCUGAAGAGUGCAAUUGAAAAGGCCAUGAUCUCCUGUAGGAAGAUAGCAGAAUCAAGUCUCCGGGUCCAGUUUUAUGUCAGCCGUCUGAUGGAAGCUCUGGGAGAAUUCAGAGGGACUAUCUGGAACUUAUAUUCUGUUCCAAGGAUAGCGGAACCUGUGUGGCUUACCAUGAUGUCCAGCACCUUGGAAAAAACUCAGCUCUGCCAGCGCUUUCUCAAGGAGUUCACACUUCUGAUAGAACAGAUCAACAAAAACCAGUUUUUUGCUGCCUUACUGACUGCAGUGUUAACCUAUCACCUGGCCUGGGUACCGACUGUCAUGCCUGUUGAUCACCCUCCCAUUAAAGCCUUCUCAGAGAAACGCACCUCUCAGUCAGUGAACACGCUGGCCAAAACACAUCCGUAUAAUCCUCUCUGGGCACAGCUGGGCGAUCUCUACGGAGCCAUCGGCUCUCCGGUGAGGCUGACGCGCACCGUGGUGGUGGGGAAGCAGAAGGAUUUGGUCCAGCGCAUACUUUACGUCCUGACCUACUUCCUCCGCUGCUCUGAGCUGCAAGAGAACCAGCUGACCUGGAGUGGGAAUCAUGGAGAAGGGGACCAGGUGUUGAAUGGGAGCAGCAUCACGACAGCCUUGGAGAGGGGGGAGGUGGAGGAGUCGGAGUAUGUGGUCGUCACGGUGAGAAGCGAACCUGCUCUCCUUCCCCCCAUCCUGCCACCGGCGAUGGUGACCACUGAGGGAAGGGGCCCUGGGCCCGAGGACCCGACUGGGACCCCAGAGGACAGUGACAUUAGAGACCUAUGUCCCAAACCUGACAAAGAAGGAAACAAGAGUUCUGCGGCCUGCAGCACGGGCUACCAGGACCCAGCCGUGGACAGUUCUUGGAAACCUCAGGAUGCAUUUUGUGGGGAUGAAGAAAGUGAAAAAGAGGCCCCACCAGAUGGCUGUUCACGGUUCUCCAGUAGUGACGCUUUGGGGACAGGAUCGAAGAUCAGUGAGGAGUUGAAAGGAGAGAUGCCUAAGAAGCUACCAGACCGGUCAGCCGCCUGGCCUUGCCCAGACAGACUUUCCCGGGAGAAGCCUCCCUUAGAAAAGGUCACUUUCCAGAUUGGAAGCUCCGUAUCUCCAGAGUCCGACCUUGAAAGCCGCACUCAGAAAAUGGAGGAGUGGCUAAAGGCCUGCAGACAGUACCCAGAGUUGGCAGGUUGUCCCGUGGGUGAGCCCAGGGUGGCCACUGCCAUGGCUCAGGACCAGCAGGUUUCUAGGUGCUCCUUCCUGCCUGGCUUCCGGCAGACGGUCUGCUGUCCUCAGAAUCGGCCAUCCGAGGGGAAUGAAGGUGAAUUUGACAGGGCUUAUGCUGAGGACAGAGGCUUCAGAACCAAGGCUGCAGCAGAUGCUGUUGGGCCGCUUGGCCCCGCUGCUGACUCACCUGCACCUGAUGCCAGUGCUGCAGGGACUGGACAGAGAGUGCCCGAGAGAACCAGGGGUUUGUAUCCGAAGGAGGAGGAGGGGUCUUUGGUAGAGCCUGUGCCCAGCAGGUGUGUGCAGCAGGACUCUGGCGUCUCAGUCGCUACAGAUGUCCCCUGUGGGGAUACCAAUGGAACAGCCAACUUCAGGACUGAAGGAGACAUUCCCAGAAAUGAGAGCUCGGAUAGCGCUCUUGGAGACAGCGAUGAUGAAGCAUGUGCUUCAGCUGCACUGAAUCUUGGUCAUAGCAGUGACUGGACCGAAGGGUCACUGGAAGUGGAGCUGCCUCUGCCCAGGUCUCAGAGUAUCAGCAACCCGAAUGUAAGAAACUUUGGCCGCUCCCUUCUGGCGGGUUAUUGCCCCACGUACAUGCCUGACCUGGUGCUCCACGGGACCAGCAGCGACGAGAAGCUGAAGCAGUGCCUGAUGGCUGAUCUGGUCCACACCGUCCAUCAUCCGGUGCUUGAUGAGCCGAUCGCGGAAGCCGUCUGUAUCAUCGCGGACACGGACAAGUGGAGUGUCCAGGUGGCCACGAGUCAGAGGAAGGUGAUGGACAACACAAAACUGGGCCAGGAUGUCCUGGUCUCCAGUCAGGUGUCCAGUUUACUUCAGUCCAUUUUACAGCUUUACAAGCUUCACCUCCCUGCCGAUUUUUGCAUCAUGCAUCUUGAAGACAGAUUACAGGAGAUGUACCUUAAAAGUAAGAUGCUGUCGGAAUACCUUCGCGGGCACACACGAGUCCAUGUGAAAGAACUAGGUGUCGUACUGGGGAUUGAGUCGAACGACCUGCCUCUGCUGACUGCUGUGGCCAGCACCCAUUCUCCUCAUGUCGCUCAGAUCCUCUUAUAAGCUAAAGCUCAGGACCGUUCUCCUUGGAAGAAAAAAAAAACAGAUUCUCAACUGAAAGAGCAAGGAAUAAGCUCUCUGUGACAUCAAAAGCAUAAGAAGAGCAAACAGAAACAGUCAUUCCACCGCUUUGUUUUGUUUUAUUUUGCUUUCAAGUGGAUGCUUCAUUGGAACUUAGGUUUACUUGACAUUACAGCAUGUGUGUUUUUCAUGAACCCUGUAGGCCUUCUGUUACCCAUGAAUCCACAGAGAGAGUGACCUUUGGGUAGGAGGAGGCAUGCGCACGACACGAAACACUAAGCUGUUGGCACUGUGGCCUGUGUGUGUGGGCCGGACGACAAGUGACUGGAGCAGGAGGUAAACUGCACACACCAUUCCAGUGGGAAACGCUCCAGAGCGCCACCAUGAGCCUUCCACACUGGAGAAAGCAGCUUUUGCUCUUCUAAGAAGAAAGUCAGAGAAAAGACUUCAGAUUCCAAGUCGGAGUUUGCUUUUCACAAAAGGUGAAGUAAAGAAAGCCACCUGUGCCCGCAUCAGCUCUGGUGGCGGUUGGAGCGACUGUCUGACCUAGAACAGGAGAAAGGACUGACUGUUGGAGAGAGGGCUGUAGGGACCCACUGUUCUCACAUCUUGGCGUUUACCUUGUCUCAGAUGCAGCCACAGGUAGGUUAGAGGCGGAUUGUUGGUGCAAUAAACCCAAGAAUCAAUGUAGCAUCUCAGUCCCGACGGGGUGGCGUUGGCAGCAGCGAAGUACCCAGUUUGAUAUCGUCCGUCUGACCGGAUCUGCCCGAGCUUUCGGCGGCCGCUGUGAGAGGCCGCUCACCAAAGUCUUCGAUAAGCUUGAGAGUGUUUCUGUUGCUAAGUUUUUCCAGCCAAAGCCACUUUCUUCUUGUAAUAGUUAAUACAAACGACUAUUUAUACUUCAAAAGGCACAGCUGUCCUAGUGGGAAAUGAAACCCGCAACAGUUCAGGAUGACUAAUGAAAGUAAUUAGUUUGAACAUUUAUAAACAACUCCUACAUGGUCUAAAUUUCUGCAUUAUCAUCUCUGUGCCUUCCAAUUCCUACAUACUUCACAAAACACCGUCCCAGAAAUGAACUCCCCCGUAGAAUCAAACCUGCCAAAAUGAGGAAUUGUUUAUUUGUUAGCAUAGUUCACUUUUUAAAAACCGUAAUUUUCUCUUACUAUAAAAGAAACUUUUCUUAGUUUACUGACCAUGAACUAUGACCAUGUCAGAUGAUGUACUGACAUCCAGGAUAAAGGAAAAGACUUCUUAAAAAAUUGGUCGUUAAAUGACAGGAGCUAAUCUAGUAAAACAAAACACUGUUAGCAUCUUGACGAUCUUGAGUACAGCUCAUUACAACCAGGCUCCAAUUUCCUUUCACUCUCUUAUAAAUUAAUUUUCGCCCUUUCCUGUAUCCUUUGUACCUAAGAAUAUGAAGUGACUUCCCUAUUAGGGGUUAGAAUGACUUCAGAUCUAUUUGAUGAAGUCAACACCAAGUUACACAAGUUUAUCUCUUCUUUUACAAGUUAAUUAUUUGUUUGAAAGAGUACAGCAGCAGCGGAGAAAAAUGGGUGUAUCGUUUCUUAGGAACAAGUCUUAGGAAUGAGUCAGAAUUGCUGCCCCCCCCCUUUUUUUUUAUGAUGUGAAAUGUAGAUGGGUGCAUUAAAGCUCUUACGAUCUUUAAUCUUUAUUUUAUGUCUUUCUUUCAUACAAUUGAAAUUUUCCAUUCUUUGUAGAUUUUUCUGUUUUCUUUUGCCUAACAUCUGAGUUUAUGUUUUAAAUGCUCUCGUUCCAUGACAUCAUCGCGUGCUGUUGUUACACACAGAGAACGCCCCUUACCUGUGGCUCGGCCCGCUCAUCAUUUGUUUUUCAUUACAUGUAAAUCCAUUGUGAUAGCUGACGUUGCAGCAUGUCCAUCUGCACCAGUUUAAAGCAUUCCCUCAUUUCUCGUUCCCUUUUCCUUGUUUACACGUUUUGGGCACUUUCCCUCAUUCACCACCUUCCAGGGUUUCAUAGAAAAUAACUCGAUACAAAAUCAGUUCCAUUCUUAUGUGACAUGUUGAAAAUUAGAUCCAUAUAGGGGGAAAUUGAGCUUUAAAAGGCUGAUUCUAAACUUGAUGCAUAAAAGAUUUUGCCUAGCCCCCUCAAAGCCUGAGAAGAUUUAAUUUGCCUCUCAAUCUACUUUUCCAAAACUUGCUCUUGGAAAAUGUCUGUGGAAAACCACAGGUGGGCCGUGUGUGGGAUGGUCUCAGUGGUACCCGGUUCCACACGCCUGCCGCCUGCCAGAACAGACCGAGAAUGUUGCUGCUUUCUUAGACCCCCCUUUAAACAACAUCCAGGUUUUGUUUGUCUUAAAUUCAACCUCUUCCCAAAAGAGGAGAAGAAGAAAAAAAUCUCGCGGACUUGUGCUGAGAUACACCCCCUCACACACCACACACCACCCAGUGGCUUCAUUCUGUCUUAGCCCGAGAGGCGACAAAGGGAUCCCACCCUCUCCCAUGCCCACCUCAAGAAACAGAUACAAUUUUUAAACAUGUUCUGAGAAAACUACCUCAGUUGACAAGAUUCCACCCUUAGGAUUUCUUCAACUUUUAAGUCUUACCUGUUGAGUGUAACUUUUGUAGCAUCUUUAAGCAAGCUAGUGAGGCGUGGCAGAGCAGAGUGCGCGCGCCACUGCGGCGGCCCUCUUUCUAGCCUGUUGCGGUUUUAUUUUUAAUAGAUGGACGAGUGAAAUGAAUGUAAAGAUAAUUGUGAACGUGUAAACAUGACAAUGAAAAUUUAAAAUGUAGCUUCCAUACUUGUGCAUAACUCCAAAGUAUUUUAUUUUUAUCAGUGUUAAAUAGCUUUUUGUACAGGCUUCAAUCCAUUUUUCUGAAGUGUGCUGUUUUUUAAUGAAAGUAACUAUAAUCUUUUCACAUCCCAUGGAACUGCCGUUUAUGCAUCACAACUUUUUAAACUUACCAUAUUUUUCAAAACUAACUUUUUUGGAGGGAGGAAAAUUUCUGCUUGCUAAACGAUACUAAACUGUUGUUCAACAGGCUUAUAAUUAGGUCCUGAGGUUUUAUAAAAAUUCAAUCUGUAGCUUUUUAGGUUCUUCACUAGAGUUAGUUGUACAUAAAAAUAAAGAAUAUAAAGUGACCCCGAAACACUUUUAAAUGUCUGGAUUUAUCCACUCUUAUGUACUUUUGAAAGUAUUUUGUUCAUGCAUACUUUAACCAUUAAAUCGAGUCUUUAGCUUCUCUUGGUAAAUGUGAACCAUUUGUUUUGUAUUGUGCUUUGGGGGAGGGGAUAUUUAAUUAGACCACUUGCCUAAAUCAAGCAGCCCCUCUAAAUGUUAAUUUUUAAAUGUCAAAAUUUGGUGAACUCUAUAUCUUGGAAGCAAGAUUGCAAUAUGCUUAUAUUUGAGUGGUGUUUCAAAAAGGAGAAAAUUCUGGGAUUUGUUAUAAUUGACGCUCCAGGAAGACAAAUUGAUAGGACUUUAUAUUUUUUAUCAAU